AUGUCGCAAAUGUCCAGGUCCGCGCUGCUGCUACGCCUCGCGAGCCGCUCGGCCGCCGCUCCGCGCGCGCCACUGCACGGAUACGCGCCCAGGGGCCAGCAGCCCUGGACGCGGUUGGGCACCCAGCAUGCUCAGGACGCGGCGAGCUCCGCCCUCCGCGGGGGCGCUGCCGGGAUGACCACCUCCGCCGCCGGCUUCGCCGCAUCCGCCGCCGGCGCGAACGCGGGCGCCUCCCCCGGCGCCGGCGCUCGCUCGCUGCUCGGUUACGCGCUCCUCGUCAGCCCCAGCGCGGUGUGCGCGUUCCUGUGCAAGUGGCAGUUGGAUCGGUACGAGUGGAAGCGGGGCGAGCUGGACGCUCGCGAGGCGGCGCUAUCCGCCCCGGACCUCACCAUGCGAGACAUCGCCGCCAUGGUGGACGCCGGGGUCGAACCCGACGAGUACGCCAGGGUGCUGGUGGAGGGCGAGCUCGAGACGGGGCGGACGAUCAAGAUCCGCCCCCGGGUGAGGAGCGUUCACGGCACGCCAGUCCCGGGAUCCGUCGUCCUCACCGCGUGCAAACCCAGGCGCGGGAAGGGGCGGACGAUCAUCGUCAACCGGGGUUGGGCCCCCGAGCACUGGGUGGAGCCCAAGGGCGGGACGUGCCUCAAGACCUCCGGCGUGGUUCGAAGGAGCGAGACGCCCGGCGCGUUCACCCCGGCCAACGACCCAGCCGCCGGCGCGUGGCACUGGAUCGACAGAGCCGCGGUUUGCGCCGCCAUGAGCCUGCCGCCGGACACCCAGAUGGUUCAGCUGGUGCACGACGGGGGGAGGACCACGUGA